AUGAUGGCAAGGAAACUCUCAUUGGUGUGGUGCCACAUGGAGAGGUUCUCACCAGUCCAUUUGCAUCACCAGUCCACUUUCCACCGACAGAUACUUGAGAUCGAAGAGAGCUGCUUCUGGAGGGUGGAGGUAGGCGAACGCUAUGAGGCCCACUGGGUUGCAUAUUUGCAAGGAUACUACACACCAGGGAUAGGUUUCAUCCUUCCAGAUAUGCAACCCGAUGAUAUCAUCAGGAAGUAUUCUUUGGCACUGAUUCUGGGAUUUGAAAUGGACUUUGAUAAUCAUAAUAAUACGUGA